AUGGCAUCACUUGAUGCAGUUGCUGGUGCUGUGGGCAUUGCUGAUACGGUCGCUCGCAGUAUCCACCACCUGAUCCAGAUUAUCAAUGCUAUCAAAAAUGCACCGAUCGAGAUAGCUGAUCUCAAUGAUGAGCUAAUGGCCACGGAGCAAGUUCUGUUGGUUUUGGAGAAAGCAAAUGAACACCUCCCUCCCACUUCAAGGGAUAUGUUGCAGAGAACCAAUACGCUGUGCCAAAAUGCCUGCGAUAAGUUUCGGGUCAAGCUGGUGAGCUGGACCAAGAAUUCGGAUGAUGGUGCUGCAUUGCACUGGCGAGAUCGUGUAGGAUACGGCGUGAUCGGUCGAAGUUCCGUUAAGAGUUUGCGUGAACAGCUCGAACGCUCUAAACAAAACGUUAAUUUAGCAGUCGGCAUCGCAACUUUGUAG